ACAGUUUGAAAGGCUGACCCGAGAGCUGGAGGCUGAACGCCAGAUCGUGGCCAGCCAGCUGGAGCGAUGCAAGCUGGGCUCGGACACAGGCAGUAUGAGCAGCAUCAGUUCAGCAGGAGAGCAGUUCCAUUGGCAGACACAAGAUGGCCAGAAAGAUAUCGAAGAUGAACUUACAACAGGCCUUGAGCUGGUGGACUCCUGUAUCCGUUCUCUGCAGGAGUCGGGCAUUCUUGAUCCGCAGGAUUACUCCACAAGUGAAAGGCCCAGCCUGCUCUCCCAGAGUGCACUUCAGCUCAAUUCCAAACCUGAAGGGUCUUUCCAGUAUCCGGCCAGCUACCAUAGCAACCAGACCCUGGCCCUGGGUGACACAGCCCCUUCUCAGCUCCCAGCACGCAGCACACAAGCCCGAGCUGCCAGCCAGAGCUUCAGCCAGGGCACGACCGGCCGCGCGGGGCACCUGGCGGGCUCCGAGCCUGCGCCACCGCCUCCGCCUCCGCGGGAGCCGUUCGCGCCCAGCCUGGGCAGCGCCUUCCACCUGCCCGACGCGCCGCCCGCCGCCGCGGCGCUCUACUACUCCAGCUCCACGCUGCCCGCGCCGCCGCGCGGGGGCUCCCCGCUGACCACCACGCAGGGCGGCUCGCCCACCAAGCUGCAGCGCGGAGGCUCGGCCCCCGAGGGUGCCGCCUACGCCGCGCCGCGCGGCUCCUCGCCCAAGCAGUCGCCCAGCCGCCUGGCCAAGUCCUACAGCACCAGCUCGCCCAUCAACAUCGUCGUGUCCUCGGCCGGCCUGUCCCCGAUCCGCGUGACCUCGCCCCCCACCGUGCAGUCCACCAUCUCCUCUUCGCCCAUCCACCAGCUGAGCUCCACCAUCGGCACCUACGCCACCCUGUCGCCCACCAAGCGCCUGGUCCACGCGUCCGAGCAGUACAGCAAGCAUUCGCAGGAGCUAUAUGCCACCGCCACCCUCCAGAGGCCGGGCAGCCUGGCAGCUGGGUCCCGAGCCUCGUAUAGCAGCCAACAUGGGCACCUGGCCCCUGAGCUUCGGGCCCUGCAGUCCCCAGACCACCACAUAGACCCAAUCUAUGAAGAUCGAGUCUAUCAGAAGCCGCCUAUGAGGAGUCUCAGCCAGAGCCAGGGGGAUCCUCUGCCGCCAGCACACACCGGCACCUUCCGCACGAGCACAGCCCCGUCCUCCCCUGGUGUCGACUCCGUCCCCUUGCAGCGCACAGGCAGCCAACACGGGCCACAGAAUGCGGCAGCAGCCACCUUCCAGAGGGCCAGCUAUGCUGCUGGCCCAGCCUCCAACUACGCAGACCCCUACCGACAGCUGCAGUAUUGUGCCUCCGUUGACUCUCCGUACAGCAAAUCUGGCCCUGCCCUCCCACCCGAAGGCACCUUGGCCAGAUCCCCAUCCAUUGACAGCAUUCAGAAAGACCCCAGGGAGUUUGGAUGGAGAGACCCGGAGCUGCCUGAAGUGAUACAGAUGCUACAGCACCAGUUUCCUUCCGUCCAGUCCAACGCUGCAGCUUACCUGCAACACCUCUGUUUCGGAGACAAUAAAAUUAAGGCAGAGAUAAGGAGACAAGGAGGGAUACAGCUCCUAGUGGACCUGCUGGAUCACCGGAUGACAGAAGUCCACCGUAGUGCCUGUGGGGCUCUGAGGAACCUGGUGUAUGGGAAGGCCAAUGAUGAUAACAAAAUCGCCCUGAAAAACUGUGGUGGUAUCCCAGCGCUGGUGAGACUCCUUCGCAAGACCACAGACCUGGAGAUCCGGGAGCUGGUCACAGGAGUCCUUUGGAACCUCUCAUCAUGUGAUGCACUCAAAAUGCCAAUCAUCCAGGACGCCCUGGCAGUGCUGACCAAUGCGGUGAUUAUCCCUCACUCGGGCUGGGAGAAUUCACCUCUUCAGGACGAUCGGAAAAUACAGCUGCAUUCAUCACAGGUGCUGCGCAACGCCACCGGGUGCCUAAGGAAUGUAAGUUCAGCUGGAGAGGAGGCCCGCCGAAGGAUGCGGGAGUGUGACGGGCUCACGGAUGCCUUGCUGUACGUGAUUCAGUCUGCACUGGGAAGCAGUGAGAUCGAUAGCAAGACCGUUGAAAACUGUGUGUGCAUCUUGAGGAACCUCUCAUACCGGCUAGCAGCAGAAACGUCUCAGGGACAGCACAUGGGCACAGACGAGCUGGACGGACUGCUCUGUGGGGAGGCCAAUGGCAAGGAUGCAGAGAGUUCUGGGUGCUGGGGCAAGAAGAAGAAGAAAAAGAAAUCCCAGGAUCAGUGGGAUGGAGUAGGACCUCUUCCAGACUGUGCAGAACCACCAAAAGGGAUCCAGAUGCUGUGGCACCCAUCCAUAGUCAAACCCUACCUCACACUGCUCUCUGAGUGCUCAAACCCAGACACGCUGGAAGGGGCAGCGGGCGCCCUGCAGAACUUGGCUGCAGGGACCUGGAAGUGGUCCGUGUAUAUCCGAGCUGCUGUCCGGAAAGAGAAAGGCCUGCCCAUUCUUGUGGAGCUCCUCCGAAUAGACAAUGACCGUGUAGUGUGUGCAGUGGCCACAGCACUCCGGAACAUGGCCCUGGACGUCAGAAACAAGGAACUCAUUGGCAAAUAUGCCAUGCGAGACCUGGUCCACCGGCUUCCUGGUGGGAACAAUAGCAACAAUUCGGGGAGCAAGGCCAUGUCAGAUGACACCGUGACAGCCGUAUGCUGCACCCUGCAUGAGGUGAUCACCAAGAACAUGGAGAAUGCCAAGGCCUUACGGGAUGCUGGCGGCAUCGAGAAGUUGGUCGGCAUCUCCAAAAGCAAAGGAGAUAAGCACUCUCCGAAGGUGGUCAAGGCUGCUUCUCAGGUCCUAAACAGCAUGUGGCAGUAUCGAGAUCUGAGGAGUCUGUACAAGAAGGAUGGAUGGUCACAAUAUCACUUUGUAGCCUCAUCUUCAACCAUUGAGAGGGAUAGACAAAGGCCCUACUCCUCCUCCCGCACACCCUCCAUCUCUCCUGUGCGUGUGUCUCCCAACAACCGCUCAGCAAGUGCCCCAGCUUCACCUCGGGAAAUGAUCAGCCUCAAAGAAAGGAAGACGGACUACGAGUCCGCUGGCAACAACGCCACUUACCAUGGAACUAAAGGAGAACACACCUCCAGAAAAGACACCAUGACAGCUCAGAACACUGGAGUUUCAACUUUGUAUAGGAAUUCAUACGGUGCACCCGCUGAAGACAUCAAACAGAACCAGGUUUCCACACAGCCUGUCCCCCAGGAGCCCAGCAGGAAAGACUACGAGACUUACCAGCCCUUUCAGAAUUCCACACGAAACUAUGAUGAGUCCUUCUUUGAGGACCAGGUCCAUCACCGCCCUCCAGCCAGCGAGUACACCAUGCACCUGGGCCUCAAGUCCACUGGCAACUAUGUCGACUUCUACUCCGCUGCCCGUCCUUACAGUGAACUGAACUAUGAAACGAGCCACUACCCGGCCUCGCCCGACUCCUGGGUGUAAGGAGCCAGGACACGAGACACUCCGGGGACAGUGCAUGUGCAUGCAUACACCACAGGACAUUCUGUUUCUUUUUCUUUUCUUUCUUUCUGUUUUUUUUUCUUUCCCUGCAAAUUUAGUUUGUUAAAGCCUGUUCCGUAGGAAGGCUGUGAUAACCGGAAAGAAAUACUCAGAGCUAUUUUAGAGAGCUAAAAAGAAUCGAGAGUUAACUGUGAAAUAUCGAUAGCUAAACGCAAGCAAUCCUAAUUGUGACCGUAUUCAACACCUUUCUAGUUUGAACUGUAGCGUUUUGAAAGUGCUUUAUAGUCCGUGCGGCUGGAGGAAAGAGAGAGGAGACAGUCAGGGUGGUGGGCAUGGAGGUUAUCGCUAAGCACAAGACAGAAUAGUUUACACACUAUGGGGGACGGCUUCUCACGCUUUGUUUACUCUCUUCAUCCGUGUGACUCUAGGCUUCAAGUUGCAUUGGGGUUCCUCUGUACAGCAAGACGUCUCUUGCCUUUUGUUAAUGCAUUGUUGUAAAGUAUUUGAUGUACAUUAAAGAUGAAGAGUGCAUUGUGUAUAUUACACCAAUGCCACUGUGUUUCCUCAUCAAUGGUUCUAAAUAUUGCUUCAAUUUCAAACUUUUGAAAGAUGUAUGGGUUUCCAGUUUUCUUUUCUUUUCUUUCUCCCAGUAUGUUUUAACAAAAAAGGAGAAAAAAAAACAGGGAAAAAAAAGGAAUAUUUAGCAGUAUUGUUCGUUCUGAUAUGUGAUUUGUUUGUGGCAACUAAAUGCGGCAUCCAGCAGUCUCUCCCAAGCUAACACGUCAUUCCACACCCCUUGUCAACAAAAUGCUUUUUCACUGCCUAAAAUUCUAGAUGUAGAUAUUUGAAAUAGAUUCUUUUUUCAUUUAUACCAGUUUUCUUUAUGAUGAUACAGUGUUAAAAGAAAAUAAAUUACAAUUGAUCUGUCAUCCAUCCUUGCUAAGAAUGUCUAUUUCCAUGGACCAAUCUUACAAAAUACACAUUCUUGCUCGUGUGUCCGUGCGUGUGGGGGGGGGGGUGCGAGUGUGUCAGUGUACAUGCAAAGCUGACCUGUGUGGGGUUGUAUUCGGAUAGAAGCAGUUUCAUCCUCUGUCCAUCGUGUGUACUAGCCUUUGUUUUUCUCCAGCAUCAGUGUGAAUCAGUCUGUUCCUCUCGUAAUGUAUCCACUCUUCUCACCAUCUAGUGGCUCAGGAUAUUAGGCCGGCUGAGAUAAAGUAGGAUUUUUUUCACUCGAUCACACAUUCUUGGACGCCAGCUCUCUCUACAGGUCAAUCCCUUUCACAUUUUAUGCCCUCAGAACGUGCUAAACCAUGGUCGACCCGGUAGUUUCCCUUUGAGGCCAGUUACUUGAAGUAUCCAUAGAAGAUGUAAACUGCUCACCUUAUUUCCUCUCAAACUGUUUUUUGUUUGUUUAUGUGGCAGGGAGCAGUAGACAAUUACAAGCUAAAUGAUUAAAAGUGAACUCGAAGCUAACGUUAGACUAGUGGUUAACAGAGCUAAGAAAUAAGGCUAACCAUUUCAGAGGACGUGGGCUGUGGGUAAAUUAGCUUUGCUCUUUAGAUGCAAGUGACUGAGGCCGACAGGUGCCUGGCAAAUGUUAACUGUUCUUGGAAAAAAAAUAAAAAAAAAUAAAUAACAAAA